AUGUACUUUAUCAGUAUAUUAUACGUGGCAGGCGUGCAAAAUUCCAACAAUUGUGAAUACGAUCCCUUUGCAAUAUAUCCUUUUGCUGAAAACAUGGAAAAUUCUGUAAUUGUAGAUUUUGCAGAUUUACUUGAAAAUCAUGAUGAUUAUAACGUAAAAAUUAUAGUUGGUAAAGGGCCAAACGUUAAAGAAUUCAAAGCGCACAAGUAUAUUUUAACAAGUAGAUCAACUUAUUUUAAAAGUGCCUUGUCUUCACGAUGGGCAAGGCUAGAAAAUGGAAUUACAAUUUUUAACAAACCUAAUAUUUCACCUUCGGUAUUUGAAGUUCUUUUGAAAUACAUUUAUACAGGAGCAAUUUCCGUUGGAAACAAUGUUAGUCUCGUUGAUAUUGUUAUUGCAAGUGACGAGCUUCAAUUACUUGAAGUCUAUCGACGUCUUGAAAGAUGCUUGCUCGAGGACGAAUCGGCUUGGAAUCCAAGAGAUGUUAUCACAAUUCUUCAACAUAAUAACUUCGUUAAAUUGUAUAAUACUGCAAUAAAAUUGGCUUGUAAAAAUCCAGAAGCCACUUUUAAUUCAGAAGAUUUCAUUAGAAUGAAAGAAACUCACCUCAUUAAUCUUUUGAAAUAUGAUGAACUAGAGUUAGACGAAAUUAAAAUUUGGGAGUACCUAAUUCAUUGGGGAAUCGAAAAUACCAAUUUUAUUUUAGAUUAUGAUUCAACAAAAUGGACACCAGAGAAUUUCUUGGACCUAAAAAAUACUUUGCGUAAUUGUAUUUCUUACAUUCGAUUUUUUCAAAUGUCACCUAGCGACUAUGUAAAAGUUAGAGCUCAUUUUAAGGAUAUCUUACCAGAUGGUCUAGAUGAUGAAGUUAUUCAAUAUUUUUUGGAUCCUAAUUUUAGACCUUCAACAAAAAUUUUACCAUCAAGAAAAUAUCCAUUCGAAUCAAAUAUCAUUAAUGCCAAAGAUGCAGGAUUAAUUGCAAGUUGGAUUGUUAAACGAAAGACGCCAUACCCAUUUAGAAAUAUACCUUUGAAAUUUAAGCUUAUUUAUCGAGCUAGUAGUGAGGGUUUUGGGAUUGAAAGUUUCCAUAGAAAUUGUGAUAAUAAAGGACCAACACUUGUCGUCAUUAAAGUUCGCAAUUCAGGGGAGAUAAUUGGAGGAUACAAUCCAUUAGAAUGGCGUGGUGUUAAAGAAAAAUUUUCUCUACUACUUGAUGAUGAUGAUUUUGAUCAUCAAUGUGAAACAUCAAAUAGUUUUAUAUUUUCACUAACAAAUCGAGCAAUUCCGAUAUUAAGUCGAGUCUCUUCUAAAAAGGAGGCGAUCAUUUGGUGUAGAAGCAAAGGACCAUGCUUUGGCUUACAUGAUUUACUUAUUAAGAGGAAGCUUUCAAUUUAUGCUGCAAAUGUUGAAGAAAAUGUUUGA